AUGUCGCUCAAGCCAACGUCGGCCGCGGCGGCCCAACGGAAUCUCGCACCGGUCCGCGAUCUCGCAAAGGCCUCGGCGGCGUGCUCCGAGGCUGGCAGGAGGUAUGCAGCGUGCGUCAUCAAGGCCCAGUUCGACGAUGCGGGCCCGGGCGCAGGGCAGGGCAUUCAACGCGGGUUGUGCGACCAGGAGUUCAGCCUCUUCAAGGAAUGCGUCCAGACAAAGAUGAAGAAAAAAUGGUAG